AUGGAGUUGUGCAUUAAAGUUUGGUUUUGUCGAUUGACUCUGUUAGGGUUUGCAAUUAUUGGUAAUAUUGCCAACGCUCAAGAUUCACCAGCGGACUAUCUGAAUGGACACAACGCUGCACGAUCCGAGGUUGGUGUGGAAAAUAUAAUUUGGAAUGACACAGUUGCUGCUUUUGCACAGAAUUAUGCUAAUCAGCGUACAGAUUGCCAACUGAUUCAUUCAGGUGGUGGUGGCAUCUACGGGGAGAAUAUUGCAAUGAGCACCGGUGACAUGAGUGGUGCAGAGGCAACGAAAUUGUGGGUGGAUGAGAAACUCUUCUAUGACUACGCUUUUAACUCUUGUAUUGGUGGAGAUUGUCUGCACUACACUCAAAUUGUUUGGAGAAAUUCAGUGUAUGUUGGAUGUGCCAAAGUAAGAUGUGACAAUGGAGGCACCUUCGUCACCUGCAACUAUUCUCCUCCUGGCAACUAUAUUGGCGAAAGACCAUACUGA